UAAUAAUACUUUGUAGAAAGUCGUAUUCAACGUAACUGGCAAAUGACUUUACUGAAAUGUGGACUGAGCACUGGGCAGAUGCGAAGACGAGUUGUGUUGUGUGUGCUGAUGCUUGAACCACCGCCGCCUCAAACAUGAAGAUUGCUGUGGAGGGUUGCUGUCAUGGUGAGCUGGACAAAAUCUACGAAACCAUUCGUUAUCUAGAAGAUAAAGAGGACCUCAAGGUGGACCUGCUACUUUGCUGUGGGGAUUUCCAGGCAGUACGCAAUGAGGGAGACAUGAAGUGCAUGGCCGUUCCAACUAAGUAUCGGCAAAUGCAAACUUUCUACAAAUAUUAUUCAGGUGAAAAGAAAGCCCCUAUCCUAACCAUCUUUAUUGGUGGAAACCAUGAAGCUUCCAAUCAUCUUCAAGAGCUUCCGUACGGAGGCUGGGUAGCUCCUAAUAUCUACUAUAUGGGCUAUGCAGGUGUUGUGCGUUACAAAGGUAUCCGUAUUGGUGGACUGUCAGGAAUCUUCAAAUCCCAUGAUUAUAGCAAAGGGCACUAUGAGUUUCCACCUUACAGUCCAGAGACACUGCGUAGCGUUUACCAUGUCAGAAGCAUUGAUGUCUUCAAACUCAAACAGAUCCAGAUGCCAAUGGACGUAUUUAUGACUCAUGACUGGCCCCAAGGCAUCUAUCAUUAUGGCUGCAUGCAAGAACUGAUCAGGAAGAAGAAAUUCCUUCAACAAGAGGUUGAAUCCAGUACCCUGGGUAGUCCUGCUGCAGCUGAGAUUCUGGCUCACUUGAAACCAUCCUACUGGUUCUCCGCACACCUACAUGUCAAGUUUGCUGCUCAUGUGGAGCAUGAGGCUCAGGGUCACAAUACUCCUCGUACUACAAAAUUCCUGUCCCUGGAUAAGUGCCUUCCUCACAGGGACUUUCUACAGGUUCUUGAAUUGGCAGAGCGACCAGGAUCUUCUGAGCAACUGGAGUAUGAUCCAGAAUGGCUGGCUAUCCUUAAAGCUACUGAUGGCUUACAAAAAGUUUCCCCCAGUACCUGGUUGCCUCCUGAGGACAACGGGCUGCAUGCAAAGUGGGACUUCACUGUUGCUGAAGCUGAUAUGAUGGAAGUUGUGAGUGACCUGGGGGGUGACCUCUGCGUCUCUGAGAAUUUCUCUCUUACUGUCCCUUCAUACGACCCCAUCCACCCUCAGCCCUAUACUCAACCAUCUUAUCAAAUCAACCCACAGACUACAGAAAUGUGUGCUACCCUUGGACUGACUGACAUAUAUGCUCAAGCUGGGCAGACUAGUCAGUUGAGACAAAGAGCAAGGAGAGAGGAUGAGGACAACCUGGGCAGUUUUGAGGAAUUUCCUUCCAACCCUGCCGACACAUCAGAGCUGUCAGGCUCCUAUAACCCAGAUGAAAUUUCCAUUGAGGAUGAAUGGGACGAGGAUAAAGGAGAGGAAGAUGGAAUAGCAGGGGAAAAGGUAACGGAUGGCGCCGCUUUGGAGAGGGCAGUUGGUGUUGAGGAGAUUGACCGUGAAUACAGUUCUCUGCCCUCUGGGUCACUAAUCCUCCCAGACCCUCUUUCCACCAAGGCUGAAGUAGUCAUCCAGUCCCCAGGCUCCCUCUCAUUGCAGCUUCCUCUGCCCACCCAGUCCACUUGUAAUUCCCAGAACCUGCCUCCCACAGACUUGCAAGGAGAGUGGGAUACACAGCCACCCAAAGUGCACAAACGUUGCAGUGAUGAAAAGGAUGUAGGUAAGGAUGGAACUAUUAAGAUUAAGAGGAGAAACCAGACAAUCUAUUUAGCCAAGGAUGACCAUGAAGAUGAAGAGAACUGAGUGUCCAUCCUUAAAUUGUUGUAUGGUUGGUUUAAUUCAUGUGCGAUUCUUUUUCAAAAUACUGAAUUGUCUGUAUUGUGUACAUUCAUCUUAUGUUGUAUUUUCACAAUUUUCCCAAGAUGCAAGUUAAUACUUACACAGAAUGGCUUGUUUUGUAAUCAUAAAACAUAAAAUUCUAAAACAGAA